AGUAGCAGUAGCCACUAGCAUGUAGCCAGCUAAACUCUUGGAUUCUGUAAUUAAUGAAAACAGCUGUUUGGGAAGCACUUACAUAUUUUAAGAAGUGUUCUUUAAAUAAUCUAGUAUUUACUUUAGUUUGCAUUAAACUACAGAAAAUAGGAAAAAGCUAAUUUUUGUAUAGGAGUGAUUAGCUGUAACUAUGGCCGGGAGCAGCAUAGCACAGAAGACCUGGGAGCUGUCGAACAGCAUCCAAGAAGUUCAGAGUAUUGAUGAAAUCUACAAAUAUGAUAAAAAACAACAACAAGAAAUUCUGGCUGCCAAACCGUGGACAAAGGACCACCAUUACUUCAAGUACUGCAAGAUAUCAGCUCUGGCUCUUCUAAAGAUGGUCAUGCAUGCUAGAUCGGGUGGAAAUCUGGAAGUGAUGGGACUCAUGCUGGGAAAAGUGGAUGGAGAAACCAUGAUGAUAAUGGACAGCUUUGCUCUGCCAGUGGAGGGCACUGAGACCCGGGUCAAUGCCCAGGCUGCAGCUUAUGAGUAUAUGGCUGCUUACAUAGAGAAUGCCAAACAGGUAGGGCGAUUAGAGAAUGCCAUUGGAUGGUACCACAGUCACCCCGGUUAUGGCUGCUGGCUCUCUGGCAUUGAUGUUAGCACCCAGAUGCUCAAUCAGCAGUUUCAGGAGCCUUUUGUGGCAGUGGUGAUUGACCCAACACGUACCAUAUCUGCAGGAAAAGUGAACCUGGGGGCUUUCAGAACAUACCCAAAGGGAUAUAAACCUCCAGAUGAGGGGCCAUCAGAGUACCAGACUAUACCCCUUAAUAAAAUUGAAGACUUUGGAGUGCACUGCAAACAGUACUAUGCUCUAGAGGUGACAUAUUUUAAGUCUUCUCUGGAUCGAAAAUUACUCGAGCUUCUCUGGAAUAAAUACUGGGUUAACACUUUGAGUUCAUCAAGUCUGCUAACAAAUGCAGACUACACUACUGGGCAAGUGUUCGAUCUCUCUGAAAAGCUUGAGCAAGCUGAGGCCCAGCUGGGGAGAGGUAGCUUUAUGCUUGGCUUGGACACACACGAUAGGAAGUCUGAGGACAAACUUGCAAAGGCCACACGAGACAGCUGUAAAACAACUAUUGAAGCAAUCCAUGGCUUGAUGUCCCAAGUCAUCAAAGAUAAACUUUUUAAUCAAGUUAACAUGUCUGCCAACUGACUGCAAAAUAAAAAAAAAUCUUGAAUGUUUGUGAACUUGGUCUUGUUGAGCAUGAAUGGAUUGAAAUAAGUACAAACUCUUAAUGUAUUUACUUGUCAAUAAAGCAAUAUUGUUAAAAUUUGA